AUCCGGGCGCGCUGACGUCACUGGACGGACGCAAGAGAAGCCGAGAGUUGUGCGGUCGCCAUGUCAGCGAUGAGCGCGCAGGCUGGCGGACGAAGAAGCAAAUGGGAUCAGCCUGGCCCCGCCACCGCGACCACUCUCCUCCUCCCAGGAGUGAUGCAGGUCAUUCCCCCCGUUGCCACCAAUGUAUAUGCCCCCGUGGGUCCUGUGGGUUCCAACUUGUACAGUCCCCCCGCAGAGGAGAAGGGGGCGACCAACGCGGGUGAGGGGAUCAGCGCUCCCUCGGGGGCUCUGGACGCAGCGGCCGCCGUGGCGGCGAAGAUUAACGCCAUGCUGAUGGCCAAAGGGAAGAUCAAACCUUCACAUGGCGCGUCGGAUAAGGCGCAGAUACCAGGCAAACCUGGCACGUGUGCCAAAAGCAAGGAUGACCUGGUGGUGGCCGAAGUGGAGAUCAACGAUGUGCCUCUGACGUGCCGGAAUCUGUUAACGAGGGGCCAGACCCAAGACGAGAUCAGUCGGCUGAGCGGGGCAGCGGUGUCCACGCGAGGGAGGUACAUGACGCCAGAGGAAAAAGCCAAAUUGGGCCCGGGCGAUCGGCCGCUAUACCUUCACGUCCAAGGCCAGACGAGGGAACUUGUUGACCGAGCUGUAAACCGAAUCAAGGAAAUCAUCACCAAUGGCGUGGUGAAAGCGGCCACAGGCUCCAGCCCGACGUUCAAUGGAGCCACUGUGACGGUCUACCACCAGCCGGCUCCCGUGGCCCCUGUGGCACCCAUACCUCCAUCAAAGCCUCAGUUCCAGUCAGGGAUGCAUUACGUACAGGACAAGCUCUUUGUGGGCUUGGAGCAUGCCAUCGGUACGUUUAACGUGAAGGAGAAAGUGGAAGGACCCGGCUGUUCUUACCUCCAGCACAUCCAGAUGGAGACCGGAGCGAAGGUGUUCCUCCGAGGGAAAGGUUCCGGCUGCAUCGAGCCCGCGUCCGGCCGAGAAGCCUUCGAGCCCAUGUAUAUUUAUAUCAGUCACCCAAAACCCGAGGGACUGGCAGCUGCUAAGAAACUGUGUGAGAAUCUCUUACAGACGGUAAGUGGUGAAGAAAGCAGAUUUGAGGGGCGUUUUACAGCCUUUUAACUUUGAAUUGUUUUAAUUUUAGGGUACUCGCAGCCUCCGGCGGUGGGCACCGUGGCCUUGCAGCAACCCUACUACCAAACCAAUGGCUACCAGACUGGAUUUCCCGUGCUGCCGGCAAUCCCACCUCAACAACCGGUCCAGGUUCCCUAUGUGGUUCCGCCACCGUUAAGCUCCCCCGUGCCCCCGAUGCCUUCAGUUGUGCCCACCUUGCCAGGUCCUGUACACCCCGUGCCAACGCAGUAUCCAAUCCCACAAGGGCAGCUUCCGCUCGCUGCCAUACCUUGGAAACCCAACCUCAGUCUCUCCAUUAUUACUCAGGGAUCGUUGAACACCCCCCAGGCUCUGAAGAGGAGAUUCAUGGAGGAACUGCCGGAAGAACAAGACGCCAGACUGUUGGGAUACCAGCAUGGACCCAUUCAUAUGACUAAUUUAGGUACAGGCUUCCCGGCCCAGAGCAAGGCGGACGCUCCAGCAGCCAAAGUCGAAGCAACCUGCAGCAAGGAUCGCGAGAGGGACAGGCAGCUGAUGCCCCCGCCCCCCGGACUGCCAGUAGCGACGCAGAAAGACGGCGAAGACAAAGCAGCACCCCGGUCCUCCUCCUCGGCCUCGGACGGUGAGUACUCCACGAGCGGCCGCUCUUUAGCCAAUCAGCAGUCAGGAGUUGGCCAAUUCCGGUUAUUUUGCUUUUUUUUUUUUUUAAAGCUGGCAGGGAACCGGUUUGGGCUCGACGUCGGUGCCAAAAAAAUAAUCUGCAGUGCGGAUGAAGAUGCAACCCCACGGGCCUUGCCUAGGAGACCAUGUGACCAGAACACGGCGCUGGCCGGCUAG